AUCCAUAAUUAUCAUAAACACGUUACAUUUGUUAACGCCGUUAGUCCUCGCAUCGCCGUUAGCGUCGCCUACAAAGCCACUAUUAUCAGUCUCGGAUUUUACAGACCAACCGGGAAUAAGCAACUCCGGAAGCAGAUAUGGCAACGCCACGAUUGAAAAAAGACAAAUGUCAGAGGGAUCAUCGUGUGAAGGGUCCGAGGGCCAAUGGAACUGUCUUACGAACCAGUGGCAACGCUGCGCCGCUGGACAGUGGAGCGUCGUGAUGGACUGUGCUGCAGGGACGAUAUGCACACCUGCAGGCUUAACAAACGAUUUCUUCGUACAGUUUGCAAACGGUGCUGCCGGUCCGUCAACGAGCGAUAGCACACGGGUAUCUGAAACUAGAGUUAUGCAUUCGGGGUUAAUUGUAGUAUUGGGAGGUAUAAGUCUGAUGAACACUUUAGUUACCAGUUGAAAUAUUCAUUCUAGAUAUCUACGAGAAGCAUAACAUUCCGCAGAUACUCGGAGAGAAAGUGGG